AUGAAUAAUAAAGACAUAGUGUCAGAUGAAUAUGCUAAGGUUUCGACUAUAUUAACCUGUCCUUUACUGGAGAUGACUUAUUAUGCCGAUGUAGUCGGCAAGGUCCCCCGUAAUCCUAUACCGAUUACUGAUUCUGAGGAAAUAGAUAUCGGAAAUGGAGAUUUGUCACCAGAAUGGGGGGUGGACUUAGUAUUUACAGGAGUUCAGCUGGACUAUGGACCUUGGGCAGAUCGCCAAAGGUGUAUUCUUCAGAACUUUUUUUCACCGCCCGUUUAUCGUAAUGGAGAGCAAACAAAGAAACUAAGUCCUGGACAGGAUAGAUUACAUACUUCAUUAAAGAUAUUAAUUCAGUUUAAGGGUCAAGUUACACUAAGAAUACCUUUGAAGGAGGCAUCAAAGGAUUGGAAAUAUUCUAAUUCUGAAGGGAGAAUAGAUGAAUCACUUGGAAAUAAUAGGCCUUAUGGAUGGUUGGAAAUGAUAUUGGAAAAUGUGGUGAUUCAGUCAAGUGUAAAUUUUUCGCAUUUACUAACUACUAAACAGUGCAAAUUAAAAUGUGAUUUAAUAAAUCCAUUAAUAUGGAAUCAAGCCCGCAAAUGGAAUUUUGAUAUGUAUUUUACAGAUGCAAAAAUUUAUUUGCUGAGGGAUCAUAUUACACUAUUACAAGAUUUAAUAAAGGAUUGGACUUCCGGGCCUUCUCCGGAUCAAUUGCAUUUUAUUCCUAUGGAAUAUCAAUUUAGUCCGCGGUUCACAAAUUUUGAUUUGUUUUUUUAUGUUAAUGAGCACAAUAUUAUUAAUAAUCCAAUGGAUAUUCAGGAUAAUGCAUUCAUUAUUAUAAAGGGACCACAAUUAGUUGCAGAAGUGGUGAUCCCUUUAUUACAGUUUAACCAAGAAAUUACUAAAAUUCGUUUUAAUGUUGAAAUUGACAAGGGUAGAGUUGCUAUGUCGCCACAGGUUUCUCAAACUCUUGGUGCUUUUUUGACAGGUGAUAGUAAGGAAUUUAUACGAAUGUCGAGUUUUAUUGUAGAGGGAACUUAUCAAUAUUACAGUUUUGUUCACUCUAGUCAUGUAGAGUCAUUAUCGUUAAUAUUAAAGGGAAAAGAAGUUAAUUUGAAGCUCUUUGGAUUUGUCAUUAGAUAUUUCUUAAUCCUUCAAAUGAAUUAUUUUGGUAACUAUAUUAAUUUUAUGACAUUGGAUGAGUAUACUAAACAUGAUCCAAAAAAUACAAAGAAACCACAAGAAGUUGUCAAGCCUCCCGCAGAUCCUUUUGAAGUGUAUAUGUUAUUAAAUAUUGAAGAUGGCACAUUCAUACUACCUGAGAAUUUAUAUAAUGCCGACAAUUCCUCAACAAUACAAUUUCAUGAAUUACAAGUGGAAUUAAGAAAUCUUGAUAUUUAUAUGGACAUGGAUGUUACUGUUAGCCCAUUAAUGUGGACACUUAGUUCAGAUGUUAGCCUUAAAAAGAAUACGUUUAGGUCAAAGGUAUCAGGAGAAUCUAAUAACUAUUUAUAUAUUGAUGAUUUAAAUAUUUAUGCCCAUAGACUAUUCGGUCCAUUACCUAAAACAACAACGUACGUAUGCAAUUGGGAUAUAAAUUUAGGGACAAUAUCUGGACAGUUAAAACCCUCAUUUUUAUUAAGUGCAACUACGUUUGCAAAAACUUUUGUCUAUCACUUUGUUGAUAAAGAAAACGCGUUACCUGCGGAAUAUAUGAUUCCUCUUGACCCGGAUGUCACAUUUUUAACCUUAGUUGUUAAAGAAGUUGAUGUAUCCAUACGGGGUAGAGAUAGCGUAACACAAAUUCUGCUUACAGAAGGGUUAAGCGUUAAAUUUGAUGAUUUGGCAAAUGAGAAAUUGAAAUACACCCAAAAAGUGAUAUUUAAUCUACCGGAUAUAAUUAUAAGAAGUUUAGCUAUGACUACCUCAUCAAUCGAGUUUUCAAAGGAUGUUGAAAAUUAUCCUUGGGUAGAAGUUGCAGGUUUUGAAUGCGCCUCUAACGUCACCUUAUACCAUACGACUUCUGGAUGGCGUGAGAGAUUUGAAAGCCAACAAGCAUUUAUAAAACGAGAAGACAGUAAUACUAUAAGAGUUCCAUUCCUUUAUGAAAAAGGUCAUAAUAAUCAAGAUUUACUAUCUUAUGGUCAACCCUUUGGUACUCUUUAUGUUCCUCCAAUGCCUCCACCUUUACUAGAUAAUAUAGAUGAUAGCACUGUAUUAUAUAACGAAAGUACAAAUUCUUCUGCGGUUGAUCUUUCCGCGAAUAAAAGCAGACGGGAUAUGUCGGAUUGGAGUCGUCGUUUCAAAAAUAAAUACGAUUUUGAUAGUUAUGAUGACGAUGAAGGUUGGCCAAGACCAGAUGAUGACAGCAUCUCUAUUGGUGAAUCUGGUUUCAGCGUGUCUAAUGCUUCAUUCGUAACUGCAUCUGACGGUGAUGAAGACGACGAAAUCGAUUUUAUUGAUGAGCUUCGUAACACUCAUAUUAAAAUUGAUGAAGAUUCCGAUUUCGAAUACGAAGAUGAAUCACCUAUUUAUGAAUCACAAGAUCCAACGUCACCGCCAGUACCACGAUCUAUUCCUUACGGAAAUUAUUUGAGAAGAUAUAGAUUGACUUCUAAAAGACCCUAUGCGGCUUCUUUUUCAAGUUCAUUUCUUCGACCAUCACGUACAUUGUUUGUUCCUGCUAGGGAAGAGAAAUCCUUGUCUCCGGAUGACGAACACAGCCAAAGCUAUAAGUCUUCGCCAUUUACAAAAACGAAGAGUUCAAGCACCGAAUCAUCCGAAGAUGAUCAACCCGAAGAUGAAAUAACGUCAUUACAGAAUAAUGAUACAGAAGAAAAAUCAACCAUAGUUUUUGAAACUACUAAAUGUAUCAAAGUAUUUUUGACGCCAAUUUUCUUAAAAAUUGUUGAAGAAUUCCUUGAAGCAAUCAAAGAUGAGAAUUGGAAUUUAGAAGCUAUGCUUGAUAAAAUUCAAAUUGAUUAUGUUGAUGAACUUACAAAAUUGUUUCCGUUCAAAUAUACAACCAUGAGAUAUGCUGUUUCAAUUCCUCGCGUGCAUUUUCAUUUCAUACAAGAUGUCCUUCUUCCUGACGAUUUAACAAAUGUAAACGAUGAACAUCCUGAUAUUAGAACAAGAUAUGACUUGACGGAUACCAUUUUAUGUGCUGCCGCAGACUUGAUCUUUGAUCAGACUUUAUUAACAGGUCUGGUAAAAUUUGAAGAUAAAAAAUUUGAUAGUAAAGAUAAAAAAAACUUUCGCCCAUCCUUAGAACUGAUUGAAUCGCGGGCCAAUAUUGACUUUGAUGCAUUAAAACUUAACGUACGAUUCGUCGCUGGUUCUAAUUCUGUUGCUAUUUUUGGGAUCCCCGAGUAUUUGCAUCAUUUUAAAGAAUCUGGAUUUAUGCCUUCCGAUAUUUUGGAUAAUGAACCCGUAGUUUUGAUUGUCUCAUUAGAAAAAUUUAAACUUAAAUGGUUUGGAUGUAUGCAACCUAAUUAUUUUUCCUUUGAUAUAGAUAAUAUUUCUGGCAUUUUUAUAAGUCAAUCCGCUGAGAUAUUAUUAGGUGGUAUUUAUUGGUGGUUAGUAUUUGCAGAAGAUCUAGCAAAUUUAUUGAAAAAAUUUCAAACACAUCGAACUCGACAACAGCAAGUUUUAGUUCAUGAAAUUGCUAAAUUCUCGGAAAAGGCUAGAAUUGAAAGCGAUCCACCUUAUUUGACUUGUCCAUCUCAUGUUUUAAGGUUAGGAACUAAGAAUUUUAAAAAUGAUGAUGGUUGGAAAAUACUUGGCCGCGUUAGACAUUGUAAGAGAUUAAUGGGAUCCGAACAGAUUGAAACUUUACAUACCAAAUUGAAUAAUAAUAAUGGUUAUCACUUGUUAUCAGCGGAUCCAAAUGAUAUGUAUGAACGAGUUGUAUGCAUUUUUUCAGGGUGGAGACAUUGGGAAAUGGAAAAUUUGUCAAAUUGUAAUCUAUUCAUUGAACUUUAUCAACAACUAACUGAUAACUUAAGCAAAACAUCUAUGAAUACUAUGAAUAACAUUUACCGAUUCUUGACAACUUCAACGAAUAUUGCUAAAGUGCGAAUUGAAAUUAUUGCUUUAUCCGUUAGGGAUGGACAAAAAGAGAAUUAUGUGGAAAUUAAACCUAUUGAGUUAAAUUUGGAAACAAACUUUCAUAGAGAUAAUUUUUCAUCCUCUGAGACUAAUCGAAAACAUACCGAUUUAAAUUCAAAUAAUACGGAACAAGAACCUUCUCAGAUUACUAUCGCUGGAUAUUUAGAUUUAGUUUUGCGAAUUGGAAUUGAUCACAUAGGUUUGGCUGUGAAUCCAGACAUCCUUGCUUUUGCAAAGCAUUGGCUUGAAGUUCAUAGAAUAUUCAGUUCAAAAUUUCAAUCUUUAUCAAGCAAAGAACCUGAAGAAAUUGUUUCCUCUACAAAGGCUCAUAAGCACAGGUCAACACCUACUAUUACUAGUUUUCAUGAUAUAAAAAUAUUAAAGAUAAAAGAAAAGAAACGCAAAGACACUGACGAAUCAAUUUCAUCUGAUCCAAUAAAAGAUCUAAUAUCGCGUCUUAAUAUUUUGGCGCGUGGAAUUCUUGUUCUCAAAACAAUCAAUAUCAAUGCAUCGGUUCAAAAUCUUAUGGCACAAACAACAUUAACAAACAUACAAGUAUCUAGUUGGUUGAAUAAUCCUCAAUUAUUAAAUUCUGGAGAAAAAUCAGAUUUAGAAAAUUUGUCAAUUAAUAAAAGUACUUUGUAUCCAGGAUCGAAAGGUAGCGGUAGUAAAGGAUCAAAUAGACUGAUCGUUUCAAUUAUUGCGGGUAUCGGACAUAUAUUUGCUAGUAUUACUGAGAGUAUUUCAUCUGGAACUAAUAAUAACUUGUUCUCGAUGGAAUUCUCUAGAAUAAGUUCUGAUACCUCACUUAGUUUAUUAACCCCUGGCCGACAAAAGGGUAAAAUUGAAAUUGAAACACGUAAAGUUUUAAAUAUUUUAUUGACACUUGAAGCAAUCUCCGUUAAAUUACCGCACAGUCUUUUAAAAUUAUAUCAUUUCGUUGAAGAAUGGAGAGCCGAAAAUCUUUCAAGUUAUGAUUUUUUAUUUCAAUUCUUGAUGAAAAAAUUUUCAAUUCAAACUCAUAUGUUACCAUCUUUAAGAUUUCAUUAUGACGCAGAGGAUUUACUUAUCAUGAUAGAAAAGCGUUCGUCAGUUCAUGGUGAUCGGUUGAUAAAUUAUUCCGGACAAUUAAAAAAGCAAUUCAUUCAUUUUGUCACGAGGAAAAAAAAUAAAUCAAAAUCUGCUGCAGUAGUUGAAGAAGAGACUAAUGAUCAUCAUCAAAAAGGUGCUUUUACUAUACCAGCAAUUAGAGCAACUGGUAACAUUAAGCCAUACGAAUCUCGAAAAUCCUGUGUGCCCACUAAGAAAUCGGCAGUUUCGCCUACUAGUUCAAUCUCACCUCACAAGUAUUCAAAACUUGAGUCUUUAGUGACAUUGGAUUUUGUUAAAUUAAAUUUAAAUGUGAACAUUAUUGAUAAUUUGUUGACAGCACAUUCAACUCUUGGAAGUGAAUUAAAUGAUGUACUAGAUAUGUUCCUGUUUUCGUCUAAAAGACUUAAGGAACGUGGUGGUAAUCUAAAAGAGAAAGCUUCAUCUUCGUCUAAAGAAAACGAUAUAUUAUUUUAUAGCCUAAAAAUAUCUUUGAGAGGUCUUAGAAUAUCAGCAAUGAGUCCAACUGCCAUUGGAUUUUUUGAAACGAAUAUUCUUAAUGGCCUUAUUUCAAAUGUCCCCUUGAUAGGUUUUGAAAAAUCCCCAAAAGUUCAAUGGAAAUUUUCUGCACAUAAUUUUUCUCUAUCACUAAAUCAUAAUACUGGAGUUAUAAGUCAAUCAGAGGCUGAUGACGAUAUUCGUAAAUAUCGAAUCGCUUAUAUCAUGAUUGAUUUGGAACUGCAAAAUUUCAAAACUCGAAAAGAAAAUUCCGAAUCUAUUAGUAAAUCUAAUGAGUGUGACGAAUCUAUUGAAUCCUACUUUCUUAAGUUAUUAAAAGUUCACGCUGUUAUGCAACCAAUUGCACUCGGUCGUUUGAUGGAUUUGUAUGUUUACUAUAGUGGCGAAUUAGAGCGUAGGAAAGAGAUGAAAGCGUCCGAUAUUAACAAAUUGACCGCUAAUACGCGAAGGAUUUUAAAUUCACUUGACGUUGAGAUGCCUAAAUAUAAAUCAAAAAGUAAAUCCUUUUUGGAUGAAAAAGUUAUAUCACUUGAAGUAACAAGAUUUGCAAUUGCACUUCCUCUCGUUUUAAGUGAAGACUUAAUAUCUACGGCUGUACAGCAUUCAGGCGAGCAUUCAUCAUCUGCUCCUCAAAUUCCUGCAUUCAUUUUCUCAAUUUCUUCCAUGAAUUUCCUGACAAGAAAAUGGAAAUCUAAUUGUGCGAUUCUCAGAGAUUUGAGCCUUCAAUUCGUUACUCAAUUUGACCAAGGAAAUGAAAAUCAUUUUUCAUCAUAUUUUCAUACCAAAAUGAAUAUAAUUUUCGUUCCUGAAAUUUCUUGUGAAGGACAUACUACUGGUACGAUAGAUAAGAAAAAGGUUUACGUUGAAUCAAGAGUAGAAGGUUUUGAAAUAGAUGUCGGUGGAAAUAUUGUUAAUCAUAUAAAUAGUCUUGGCGAGAUUUACGCUGCAAGUCGAGAAAGAUUAGAAACAUUCACUGCUGAAGCUAAUUUUAACAUUGGAUCUCAAUCACCGAAAUCUCCCAAUGAGUCAGAGAAUGGAGAAUUAGAUAAUGGUUCAGGUUCUAACUUUAUUGACCUUGAAGUUGAUGCGACGUUCACGGCCAAAAGUGGUACGAUAAAAUUAUAUCCAAAGAAUUAUUUUACAAAAUAUCAUAGUAGAAUAUCGACAGGAAACAAAGUUCUUGAUCGUUCUAGAUCUUCGCGUGGUUCCCAUGGUAGCAUUGCUUCUAUUCCUCUUCCACGUCUUAAUUUAGAUGGAUUGUCCAAUUAUGCCCCUACAAAUUUAGAUGAUUUAACAAGACAAGGAGAACAUGGUAUAGAUGUCAUAGUAAUACCAGGUCUUAGUUUAAAUACCUUUUACCGCACAACAAUUGGACAAAGGAUCAUACCUUCUCCAGAUUCGUUAAAAAAGAGAGUUCAUGUUGAACUUAUAAUUUACCCAAGUAAAAAUAUGUUUUACCCUUCCCUAGUACCAUUUUUCAAAGACAUUAUUGAUGGUUUGAAGAUUGGAGUUCAACGAUCCAGUGAUAAAAAAGCAAUAGCAAUUCAGGAAAGUUCAUCAUCAAUUCAUGGCAUGAACUUAACAUGUUACUUCAGACUUUCACGUACUACGUUUGACCUUAGUUGUCAGCCUGCUUCUAAAGUUCUUUGUUCUUUAAAAUGGGAAGAAGGAAAUUUUCUUAUUUCUUCUAAUACUGCAGAAGAAACAUCUCAAAGUGUAACGUGUGUGGGAAAGAUUAGGGGUGCCUCCGGAAAUAUUCGUCAUUCAUUUUCUCCUGAAGAUUGUGUUAAAGCUGAAACAAAAGACAUUUCCUUCAAUGCAACUUUAAUGAGCAGAAGAACGGAGAGUGUCUCUGAUGAUUCUAUUUCGAUAAUCGUUGAACUACCACAAAUUGCAGCGGAUUUAAACAUCCGUCAUCUUCAAGAUUUAUUACUUUUAAAGACCAUUUGGAUCGAUCAAGCUACGAAAUUAUAUGAAGUCAGUAAUUUGAACUCUCAACAAUCUUCUCGACCUGUAAGCGGUGAAUAUAUUAAUGGAGAUAAAUCUCCCUUAUUCUCAUCCUCGCCAUUACGCUCUAUAACCCCAAUAUUAGAAAAUGAAACGAAGGUCAAACCUUAUUCGGUUUAUGUAAUAGUUAAGUUGAAUCAACUUGAUUUAUCCAGCGAUUUAGGUCAAGCAAUCGGAAAAAUUCGAUUUAACACUAAAAACAUACAAGUCCGUACAAAAAACGUUCCAGGAUCUUUGAAAGAAGCUACUGCUUCUAUAGAUUAUCUUGAUAUUCAAUGUGAAGGUCGUCUCACGGGUUCCGCCGAUAUGAAAGGACUUACAUUUAAAACAAUUUUAGGAAUUCCUCCAAAUUCAGAGACGGAUGGUUCAACUUGUGUGACAAAUUUGUUAUUUAGAACCGAAAGAAUUCAAUCUUCUUUGGAAUACGAAUAUCAAAAAAUUUUGGUAUUGGACGCUGAUCCAAUGCAAUUUAAAUUAACAGAUUGUUGGACUAUUAUUUCGCCCGAAAAAGCAUCGGUUUUGAUACAUGCCAAAAUUUCUAUUAAACGUAUUCAAGCAAUUGUUGCUAUUAAAACAAUACCAAUUUUCCUUAAUAUGAUGAAUAAACUUUUGGUUUUGGUGGAAGAAAAGAGAAUUUCCGCCUCUAAUGUCAUUUCAAAAUCUAAGAGAUCAUCUCAUUUGAAUACAAAUUCUCAAUCGCAAACAAUCGAAUCUAAUCAUAGACUUACUUUACCAGAAACGAAUAUAAAAUCCUCCUCUUUCAAAGAAUUAUUGGUUGGUGGGUUAUUGGUUUAUCCGGUAGGAAAAAUAACGAUAGCGAUGGAGAAAGCACAUUUAACUAUUUUUCCAAAUCAUUUCCAUGAUACAGAUUGCGUUCAGACCAUAUUUGAUGGACUUCUUGUGGACAUGAAAAGAUCGAUUAGAGAAGAUAAUCGUAUUAACAGGGAACUUGAUAUGCAGCUUAAUGGUAUUGCAUUAUUAAAAAGCAAUUGCAAGAAAUUAAAUCACAAACAUGAAAAGUCAUUUACAUUUCAAAAUUGGUUUGAUCAUGUUGAGAAUUCCCCUUCAAAGAAUAUUUUCACUCUUCCGAAUACUCAUUUAAUAAUGGAUACCACACAAGGUAUUGGAAGUAAUAUUGUGGAUCAUAAGUUUGCUGUUAACUUUAGAGGAAAAGUUGAUGUAGCUCUAAAUUUUGGAUUAAUAAGAUAUCUUCAAGAAUUGGGAGCAUUAUACAAAGAACAAUUAAGAAAGAAUGCAACUGGUACAACCGGAGAUCUUCCAAGAUCACCAAUUGUUCCUCCUUUAACUCCUAGUUUGACAUCAACACCUGUUGAUUCUCCUAAAUCUAUUCCUUUGAUACAAGUUCAAAAUCCCUCUUCACCAGUAUUACCUGAUUCACCAAAAGAAAUGAUGGAAAUUCAGUCCAAUGAAAAUGAAGAUUCAAAAGAAUCCAAAAAGGAGGAUGCUUUUAUUUUUAACCCAAUUGAACCAGUAAAGUUGGAACCACAAUUAAGAAUUUUGGGAGAUGCUACACCUCCACUAGAAUGGGUUGGAGUUCAAAGAGCUAAAGUUCCAGGAUUCGUUCAUACAGAAAUUACAAUGAAUUUAGAUGAAAUUAUAAAUCAAAUUACUAAUGAAUCAUUCAAGGCAGCUCAAGCAUUAUUAUAA